AUGCACUCCACACUCGUCGCUCAGCCACAGAAGCUCUCUGGGGCGCUCAGAGAUGUCAAGGUCAAGCACAUUACCCCCUGCCUUGGCACCGAGUUCGUCGACGUCAACCUGAAGGAGUGGAUCACCGGCCCAGACUCAGAUGCCAAGCUGCGCGAUCUCGCCAUCACAAUCAGCCAGCGCGGCGUCGUCGCCUUCCGGGGCCAGACGGACAUCGACGAGGUGCUCCAGAAGCAGCUGGCCGAGCGGCUGGGCAAGCUCUCGGGCAAGCCCGACGCGGCGACCAGCGGGCUCUGGAAGCACCCCAUGUGCCUGGCGCGGGGCGACGACCCGGACAUCGCCAAGCUGGACUCCAAGGUGCAGCAGUCGACGCACUGGACGUUCGAGGAGGGCAUGCCGCGCCAGUCGGCCGCCGACGAGUGGCACACGGACGGCUGCUUCGAGGUGCGCCCGCCCGACUACACGUCGCUGCGCAUGACGACCAUCCCGCCCACCGGCGGCGACACCCUCUUCGCCUCGUCCUACGAACUGUACGACCGCCUGUCGCCGCCCUUCCAGAAGAUGUUCGAAACCCUCUCCCUCCGCUACGACUGCAACACCCUGGCCAAGGCCGUCGCCGCCUCCGACAAGCCGUAUCCGCACCCGCGCGGUGCCCCCGAGAAUACCGCCUUCGACUUCAACGUCGUUCACCCCCUCGUCCGCACCAACCCCGUCACCGGCUGGAAGGGUCUGUACGCUGGCGUGCUGUUCGCGAAGCGCAUCGAGGGCGUGACCGAGCUGGAGAGCAAGCAGCUGCAGGACAAGAUCCAGCGCCUGAUCACCGAGAACCACGACCUCCAGGCCCGCAUCCAAUGGCAGGGUCCGGGCGAUAUCGUCAUCUGGGACAACCGCGCGGUUCUGCACGCCGCCACGCAGGACCACGCCGGGCUUGGCCCGCGAAUCGGCUGGCGCGCCACCUCCGUCGGCGAGAAGCCCUAUUUCGACCCGGCUAGCGUGUCGAGGAAGCAGUCACUGGCCGCUUCCGCCUAG